AUGCCGGUCGAAAUUGUUGAAGUAAUUCCGGAUCAUGCUCCGCUUCUGUUGCAAAUGAUUCACGAAUUGGCGGAGUUCGAAAAGAUGAAAGACAGUGUUCUUAAUACAGAGAAACAACUUCGAAGCGACAUAGAACGAAAAGCAGUCUUAGGAUUUAUCGCUCUUGACGGAACCGAGCCAGCUGGAAUGAACUUAUUUUACUAUGCGUACUCAACUUGGGUUGGCCAGUACAUUCAUAUGGAAGAUUUAUACGUUCGUCCAAUAUACAGACGCCAAGGAAUUGCUCGCAAAUUAUGGAAAACAUUAGCUGUGCUUGCCAAAAAUAAUGGAAAUCAGCGUAUUGAAUGGGCCGUUCUUGAUUGGAACAAAGGCGCAAUCGCUCUUUACGACACUGUUAACUAUACAAAUCUUACCAAAAACCAAGGAUGGUAUACAUUUAGAAUGGAUCGAGAGGCGAUUGAGAAAUUAGCCAACGAAAACUAA